ACAUUUUCAAUCACAAAAGAAUUCAUUUUGAAAUUCAAUCAAGCACAAAAUUCUAGAGAGGAGGAAGAGCUAUUGAAAUUAGCUAGAAAAAACAUUCUCAGAUGUAAGAGAAAAUUGGGCCUCAAAACCUUGGGCUCUGGACAGCAUGUGCAUCUUCCUACUGCAUGGACCGAAGUAAUAUAUCUAGCUCAAUGCAAAGGAGAAAUCCAAGAGGAAGCUUUAAAUAUGCUUUAUGCUUCCCUGGACCAUGCUUCCUUUGAUAAUGAUCAUCUGCCUGCCUUAUUUUUUGUUGCGGAAUCAGUUUUAUAUAGACUCUGUUGUGAUGCAGUCCUCAAGACAUAUUUAUAUUCAGUUGAAAUAAAGCUGGCAAAGAUCGCCUAUUUGGUCUUCUUACGACUUUUUAUAUUUUUCCUGCAUGGUCAUCUAGAAAAUUUUAAACAACAUUUACUUAGGCUUCAACCAUAUUUAUACGCACUUUCUUCCUCUGGAGAAUCAUAUCAAAAGUAUCCAAAUAUCUUUUCAAAUGUGCAAUUCAUUCUGGAAACCUCGGAAAUUAUAUGUAAAAGAGAACUUCCUUCUGGAUCAGCUUUUAGCCCUGUUGAAAAUAAAAAAAGAUGUGAGAACGUAGAUUCUGAUAUGGGAGGAUACGAAGUGAACCACCUGCUCUGGCAUUGUGUUGCUGCCUGGUCUUGUGUUCAGAAUAAUAGUCCUCGGCUGAAUAACGUGCUUGAACAUCUUAUCUUCCAUAAAACACAGCUUCAAAAGAAAUGCUGGUUGGAUUCAGUACUAGCUUUGCUGGUCCUUGGGGAGGCUGCCAAAUUAAACAAAGCCUGCUUGAAAACUUUAAUGGACCUAAUGAGAGAUUUUCUUUCAAGCGUUAUGUCUGUUCAAAAUCAGGCAGAAAGUUGCAAGGUAGAUGAUUUUUCCUGGGCCUGGAAUGUAGUCUACAUAUAUACAACAAUUCUUGCAGAAAUCUGCUUGUAUGCAGCCACUUCUGAUUUGAGGAAAACAGCUUUUAUUGGUUUCUGUAAAUGUAAGAGUUCACAAACGAGUAUUUUACCCAUGGACAAACUAGAAGAACAGUCAGAAUUAAGGGAAACAAGUGUCUUAAGCCUUUUGGAAUAUUUCUCUUCAAAAAUAUCAGAUAAUUGUGAUCAAGUGGUCUGGACUGGAUACUAUGGCUUAAUAUAUAACCUGGCAAAAAUGUCAUGGGAACUUCAAGGAGAUGAGGAACAGGAUGGGCUUAGAAAUAUAAUAUGGCAAAUGUUACAGAAAACAAAGGAUUAUGAGAAAGAUGCACGAAUACAACAUGCAAUAAAUAUGGUUCAGGCUGAGUUAAAUGUCCCAACAGAUCCUUUCACUAGGUAUAAUGCAAAAAUUUCAUCAAAUGUAGAGGAAGAAGUUUUUGCCAAAUAUAUAGGGUGGAGGAUUUCCAACACACUUGCCAAAUUGUUUUUCCCGCCCAUUGAUGCCCUUCCUUUGAAGAAACCAUCAAUAAAAUGGGAUCAAAGAAAACAUCUGAAUAAAAAGCCAGAAUCUAUGAAAAAGAGAGUUCUACAUUUUACUGUAAGGGAACAUCCUUCUGUGUCAGAACUUCCCAUGUUUCCAUAUCCAGAUUUCUUCACCAAGGCGGAUAAAGAAUUGGCAAAGAUAAUUGACCAUCAUUGGCAGGAAGAGCUAAAGAUUCGACAGAAAGAAGAUGCAAUAAAUAAGGCCAAAGAACUUAAAGAUAGAAAGUUAGCAGAGAAAAGUCGCUUCCAGGAAGUUAUGAAGAAAAGAGAAGAGAAACUACAUAAACAAACCAGACUGUAUGAACUUCCUCACAGGACUGAAGUAAUUUUAUUAGAAAAGAAAAUGCCACUCCCCAAAAUUGAAGUCCAUGUGCCAAAAUUCAUAGCACAAAAGACACCAAGAUAGCUUCAUGUUAGGAGAUCUUUCUUGUAACUAACUUAAGGAGUUGUUAUCCUGGUGUAAGCUGUUUAAUAGUCAUUUCUUACUCCUAAAUUAAUAGUCAGUUUUUAAUCACACUUGAGUGAAGUGAUUUCAUCCAUUAAAAAUUUCCAGGACUACAGCUAGUGCUUUUCCAGUUGGCUCUUAUCUCAUAAUUAUACAGCAUUCUUGAUAACUGAGUAUUGAUAUUCAUUGGGCAGUUAGAUGGGAAUGAGUUACAAAUUAAUUAAUGAGUCACUGUAUAAGAAUUAUUUUUCAAAAAUAAAAUGAACAUUCGUUGAUACUCCUGUAAUCACUAUUAUUCAAAUAAAAAUGUUAUAGCACCUC